CGUAAAUGCCAAACAUGUGUUCAAAUGUUAUUCACAGGUUCACGAGUGGACAUAAACUAUGGUUUUCAUUACACAACCAAAUAUCACUCAAAACAUGUAAUCAAUUGAUGACCAAAAAGAGUAAUUUGUGUCCAAAUUAUUAUCAUAUCCGAUGUCUGAACCACAAUUCAUACGAUUGGAUGCAAAGUCGAGGAAUAUUGAAGAGUCACUUCCCAGAAAAAGAAGACAUAAACGAGUUGUUGUCAUCCAAACGGACCAUUUAUGCGGGUUUUGAUGCCACUUAUGAUAGUCUUCACGUCGGGAACCUAUUAGUGUUGAUAUCAUUGCUUCAUUUGCAGCGAUUAGGGCAUAGAGUUAUUGUACUGAUAGGCGACUCGACCGCCAGAAUCGGUGACCCGAGCGGUAAGACUGAAGACCGGCCGCUGAUUGAGACGGAAGUGGUUAUGAGUUAUGCGACGAGUAUUGAGAAGAGUGUGAAAAGGAUUUUUGAAAAUCACAAGAAAUACUUCUGGAAAACCAAAGGCAGAAACGAUAGACUCGAGGACUUUAUGAUUUGUCGCAACAGUGAGUGGUAUAGCGAUAAGAAUGUCAUUGAUUUCAUGAGCAGUUUUGGCCGAUACCUAAGAGUGACAACAAUGAUGGGAAAGACUAUUAAAGACCGA